AUGCACAGCGACAUUAAUAAUGAUAUCAUAAAAAACAUUCCAUUCAAAUUUAACAAAGUGGAACUAAUUAACUGUAACAAUUUUGGAAAAAAAGAAAAAAAUGAACACUUUAGUAAUUAUGACCAAUGUAUCCCUCAAUAUGAAGACAGUUUUGAGAAUGUUUAUUUAGAUGAUGAUAAGGAGAGUGAUGAAGACAGUAAUGUCCGUGACAGUGAUGAAGGGAAAAGGAAGAGAAAAGAUAAAAAAAAGAAAGGCGAGAAAGCUCGGGAAGGAAAUAUUUUUAACUAUAAAUUAAACAAAUAUUGUUUAAAUGAAGAGCCAAAAAAUUGUAAAAAAAAAAUUUGCAGUGUAAAAAAUGAUAGGAACUACCAUAACUACGUGCACACAAUGGGGAAAGACGCAGCACGGAAUAUUAAAGAGAGACUUAAAAUAAAUAAAGAUGAAUAUGAAAAAACAAAGUUUAUGCAAAACAUAGGAACAGAAGCUCAGAGUGAAUAUAUAAAAUAUUACCUAAGCAAAGAAAGAAAGAAAGAAAAAAAAAAAAAAAAAAAAAAAAAAAAAUCGAACGUCCCAUUAGUCAGAAACAUGUCGAAAAAUAGAAACGUGGAUAAAUUCAUCGACACAGACAAAUUGAAUCCAUCUAUUUCGACCAGCGAUGAAGAAUCAGAUAGUGAUUCGAAUGAUGAGAAGAGUAGCGACCCUACUAAUGGUGUUAAUUGUGACGACGACAGGGAUGCGAAUUUUUCCAGACACAUAAAAGAAGAAGGGAAUAACAUUUUUGAAGGAUCUCUUUUUUCAUCUUUCAAUUUGAAUUGUGAUGAUCUGGACACACACAAAGGUGUGAAUGACAUCCAUCUCAAAGAUAGUCUUGAUGUUAAUCUUGUAGAAUUUUCAUCAGAUGUGGAAAAUAUUCCAAACCAGUACAAAGAGGAUCUCAUAAUGGCCUCUUCCCACGAGAGACAAAAAAUGGAAUCACUGGAUAACCCCAAAGAAUUGCAUCUGUUCGAGUCGCUAAAAGAUUUAUGUACAAAUCAUAACAAAAAAAUGAAACUUAUUGAUUAUAACAAAAUAUUAAACAAAAGUUUGUGUAAGAAUAUGCACUCUUCCGCUGGUAGACAUGAGGACUUGACACAAGGGGGAAAAACCAAAGGUCAAAGCGAGAAGGCAGAGAAGGAAGAGAAAACAGAACUAACUACAAUAAAUUCUUCAUCUCCUCUAAGCAACAAAUUAACACAACACAAUGUCAAGGAAAUUAUUAUGAAUAUAAAGAAGAGGCUUGGUUUUUACUCUGAGGAAGACUCGCCCGAGGAGCAUCGAGAGCAGCACUUGACGGAAGAACUAUGUGGAGGAACGAGACUUGAAGAGAGGAACGGAAGAAAAAAUGGUGGAUCGAAUAGGAAGAGGGAGAAGAAGGAGAAGAAGGAGAGGAAGCAGAAGAAGCAGAAGGAGCAGAAGGAGCAGAAGGAGCAGAAGGAGCAGAAGGAGCAGAAGGAGCAGAAGGAGCAGAAGGAGCAGAAGGAGCAGAAGAAGGAGAAGGAGCAGAAGGAGCAGAAGGAGCAGAAGAAGGAGAUAAAGGAGAAGAAAGAGAUGGAGGAGAAGAAACUCCAGAUGGAAGAUUUAGAGGACAAUUUUAUGCUUUGUGAUAGCUUAAAUUAUUCAAUGGACGAAUCGCUAGCUGAUCCCGUGCUCAGCGAGCUUUGCAAUGAGGAAGAAGCGAACUCAUUUACUAAAAUAGAUGCAGCUAGCCAAAAAUUAUCCUUGUCCCAGAAAAUUUACAUGGGAGAUGCCCCGAAUCUGCUGAAUUACAAAAGUUUCCUUUCAGAUGAUUUUAAUUUAACAAAAGAUAUGCCAGACCAUUUUAUAUCAUCUCCAUUAUGCAAUAGUCAAAAGGAAAAAACAUAUCCUGUUAGCACAGGAUGUAUGACCUCGGAUAACGAAGAUGUGUUUGCCUUGUCCAUAUCGUCCACUCAGUUUAAGAGAACUUUUUUACGGGCAAUAGGGCGUGAUGGCGAUCAAGUGGGAGGAGUGGAAGAGGUGGAAGGAGUGGAAGAGGUGGAAGGAGUGGAAGUAGUGGAAGGAGUGGAAGACGUGGAAGACGUGGAAAAAGUGGACGAAGCAGACGAAGUGGAAGGAGUGAAAGAGGUGAAAGACAUGGACGACCGUACCAAUGCCACAAGCAGCGUCGCUGAAGGAGCAUCUUGCAAUAAUGAUGGUUCCACCCUCGAGCAGAUCAAAUGGAAGAACCCUGGACAAAGAGAAAAGGUCGAUGGGGAAGAAGUUGAAAGACCAGAAUCGAUCGCAGUGUUUAGCUGCAUGGAAAGAAUGAGCGAAACAAAGGAUGGAAAAGUGAGAGAAGAAAUAAUUAAACGGGUUGAAUUAAAAGAAGCAAAGGAAAAUAAAUUUUGUGGUAGUAGUAGUAGUAGUAAUAUUCCCCUAGAGGAAGAUAAAGCCGUGGUAAAUAAUCUUGAAGAGGGAGAAAAGUAUAUUACAAAAAGCAUUUUAUCUAUUUGUGAAGAUGUUGAUAAAUUUAAAAAAAAAAAUUUCGUCGAAAAAGGGGAAAAUUAUAAGGGCAUUAUUACAACAUGUAAUGAUAUGCAACUUAAAGAAUGUCCAACAGGAGAGAAUAAAUUCAUGUGGAAUAAUAACAAGUACAAAAUGGAAAAGGAUAAUAUAUCCAUUAUUCUUGAUGAGAAGGUGAAGGCAGAAUUGUUUUCACACGAAAUAGAUGUGUACAUGCAGUAUGCAUUCGAUAAUCACAUUAAUUAUCUGAACGAUUUGGUGACGGAUAUCUUUUCUUAA